AUGAUUAAAAUUAGCGAGAAAUUAAAGAAACAGUUCUUAACCUUUGAGGAGGGGAAAGACCUCGUCACGAGCAGCCUCAAAACAGGGAGGGGACUUGAAAUAUUGAACAAGACGAUAUGUGAAAAAAAACUGCUACGAAAUGCUUUUAGUAAAAUAAAAAUUAUUAACAAAAUAGAAGAUGAACAAAAACGAAGCGUCUGCCAUGGGACAUGCAUCCUAAAAAAGGAACUUAAAUCCCCAAUUGCAAAAGCGCUUAACACAUUUUAUGGUGAGGUUAAAACGCAUGCACAUUUUAAGCGUAACAAAGUGCGAGAUAAAUUUUUUACAGCCUUUAACAAGAUAUAUGGGCUAUUUAAAAUUGAGACAGCCUGCAAAAUGUACGUUCGAAAGUUAUUAAAGCGAUUUUUGGUCAAACCAUGUGCUGAUUGUGCUGGAAGUAACACAAAAGGAGGAAACAAACUUUUGUCAUGCGCAGGGGGAGAGCAUAGUAGGAAGUAUAUUACCAGUUGUGACACCUCCAAAGCGUACACAUACAUUAAACACACGCAUGACAUUUUAAAAAAAAAAAUUCCCCCCAUAUGCACACAUGAUAAGAACAACGUAGGUGUAAUUUCGCCAAGCAAUAUUCACCUUGUGGAGGAUGAGGCCGUCACAAAGGACUCUCCUUCAAAUGUCUACACUCUUCUCCCCCUGACGCCGUACUAUUUUCAAAAUUUACCCUCCAUAAAGCUGUCUCGUGCUUGA